AUGGUGACACGUGUGAUCAUGGCGGAUGAUAAUCCUGAAUCACUAACCUUUGUUUUCUUCUUACUCUUCGUUUUAAUCACCGCCGUAGCAGUCGCCGGAGAUUCAAUAGACAGCGACAGAGAAUUGCUGCUGAAUCUGAAAUCGUACCUCGAUUCACUGAACCCAACGAACAGAGGAAAGUACACGGAAUGGAAAAUCGAGAAGCAACAAGACGUCUGUCAAUGGCCAGGAAUCGAAUGCACGCCUCAAGGAAGUCGAGUCACAGGGAUCAAUCUAAGCGACUCCACCAUCUCCGGCGCUCUAUUCGGAAACUUCUCCGCCUUAACGGAGCUCACAUUUCUCGAUCUAUCUCAGAACACUAUCGAAGGAUCGAUCCCAGACGAUUUAAGCCGUUGCCGCAACCUAAAGCAUCUGAAUCUCUCUCAUAACAUCAUCGAAGGAGAUCUGAUUAGCUUAUCCGGUUUAUCAAACCUCAAGGUUCUCGAUCUAUCGGUGAAUAGGAUUGCCGGCGAUAUUCAAUCCAGCUUCCCGUCGCUCUGCAAUAGCUUGGUUGUUGCGAAUCUGUCUACCAAUAACUUCACCGGAAGAAUCGACGACGUCUUCAACGGGUGUCGUUAUCUGAAGUACGUCGAUUUCAGCUCCAAUGGAUUCAACGGAGAGAUCUGGACUGGCUUUGGGAGGCUGCUGCAGUUCUCAGUUUCUCAGAAUCAUCUCUCCGGGAGGAUCUCAGCUUCAAUGUUCAGAGGAGACUGCAAUUUGCAGGUGUUGGAUUUAUCUGAGAACAGUUUCGCUGGGGAGUAUCCAGGGCAGGUUUCGAAUUGCCAGAAUCUGAGCGUGUUGAAUCUUUGGGGAAACAAAUUCACAGGGAAGAUUCCAUCUGAGAUUGGUUCUAUAUCUUCUCUCAGAGGUUUGUACUUGGGGAAUAACACCUUCUCUCGAGAGAUACCGGAGACUCUACUGAAUUUGACCAAUCUGGUGUUUCUUGAUUUGAGCAAGAACAAGUUUGGAGGAGAGAUACAAGAGAUAUUCGGGAGGUUCACUCAGGUGAAGUAUCUAGUCUUGCAUGGGAACUCAUACACUGGAGGCAUCUACUCUUCCAAAAUCCUCGAGCUACCUAAUCUCUCCAGGCUAGAUCUUAGCUACAACAACUUCUCAGGACGAUUACCUCCUGAGAUCUCUCGGAUACAGAGUUUGAAGUUCUUGAUUCUUGCUUAUAAUGAAUUUAGCGGUGACAUACCGGAGGAGUACGGGAACAUGCCGGGGCUUCAAGCGCUUGACCUCUCCUUUAACAAGCUGACCGGUUCGAUACCAGCUUCGUUUGGGAGACUGAGUUCUCUCCUGUGGCUGAUGCUUGCGAAUAACUCUCUGUCAGGAGAGAUCCCAAGAGAGAUUGGGAACUGCUCGAGCCUUUUGUGGUUUAACGUGGCGAACAACCAGCUCUCCGGUGGAUUCCAUCCUGAACUGACUAGAAUGGGGAGUGAUCCUUUCCCGACGUUUGAAGUGAAUAGGCGAAACAACGACAAUAUCAUUGCUGGUUCUGGUGAGUGCUUGGCGAUGAAGAGAUGGAUUCCUGCAGAGUUCCCUCCUUUCAUGUUUGUAUACGCAAUUCUCACGAAGAAGAGCUGUAGAAGCUUAUGGGACCAUGUUCUUAAAGGGAAAGGUCUGUUUCCUGUCUGCUCUCCUGGUUCCAAGGUACCCACGCUUGAUAUUUCUUCGUAUCUUCAGCUCAGUGGUAACAAGCUGUCCGGUGAGGUUCCUGCAAGUAUCUCUCAGAUGAAGAAGUUGAGUACGCUUCAUUUGGGGUUCAAUGAGUUUGAAGGGAGACUUCCUAAAGAGAUUGGACUGUUGCCUCUCGCAUUUCUCAACCUGACGCGGAACAAGUUCUCAGGACAGAUUCCUGGAGAAAUCGGAAAUCUCAAGUGUCUGCAGAAUCUUGAUCUCUCCUACAACAACUUCUCUGGAAACUUCCCGACGAGUUUGAAUGACUUGAAUGAGCUUAGUAAGUUCAACAUCUCUUAUAACUCUUUCAUUUCCGGUGUGAUACCGUCGACGGGACAGCUGGCAACUUUUGAACAAGACUCGUUUCUUGGGAAUCCGCUGCUGCAGUUUCCUAGCUUCUUCAAUCAUUCAGGGAACAACACGAGGAAUCAGAUCUCCAACCACGGUGUUGCAAACAGGCCAAAAGCUCUUCUUUUGAUUUGGAUUUCUUCGGCUCUUGCAUUGGCGUUUGUGUCCUGUUUAGUGGUAUCAGGUAUUAUCCUCAUGGUUGUUAAACGUUCAAGGGAAGCGGAAAUCGAUCUCUUAGAUGGAUCAAAAACCAGACACGACUCCACUUCUAAUUCAGCCGAUUCAUCCCCAUGGCUGUCAGGAAAAAUCAGGGUCAUUCGCUUAGACAAGUCAACAUUCACAUACGCUGACAUUCUGAAAGCAACGAGUAACUUCUCUGAGGAGAGAGUUGUAGGUAGAGGAGGAUACGGAACUGUUUACAGAGGCGUGUUGCCUGAUGGAAGAGAAAUUGCGGUCAAGAAGCUGCAAAGGGAAGGCACAGAAGCAGAGAAAGAGUUCAGAGCCGAGAUGGAAGUUCUAAGCGCCAACGCAUUUGGUGACUGGGCGCACCCGAACCUCGUGAGGCUGUACGGUUGGUGCCUAGACGGAUCAGAGAAGAUCUUGGUGCACGAGUACAUGGGAGGCGGGAGCUUAGAGGAGCUCAUCACAGACAAAACGAAAAUCCCAUGGAAGAAACGGGUCGAUAUAGCCACGGAUGUAGCGAGGGCGCUUGUGUUUUUACACCACGAAUGUUACCCUUCCAUCGUUCACAGAGACGUGAAAGCGAGCAAUGUUCUUUUGGAUAAACACGGGAAUGCGAGAGUGACGGAUUUCGGGUUAGCGAGGCUUUUAAACGUCGGAGAUAGCCACGUGAGCACUGUGAUUGCAGGGACGAUCGGGUAUGUAGCUCCUGAGUAUGGACAAACUUGGCAAGCCACCACGAGAGGAGAUGUUUACAGCUACGGAGUAUUGACGAUGGAGCUCGCUACUGGUAGAAGAGCAAUUGAUGGAGGAGAAGAGUGUUUGGUGGAAUGGGCGAGACGGGUGAUGACGAGUAACAUGACGAUUAAAGGCUCGCCGUUUACACUCUCCGGGACAAAGCCAGGGAACGGAGCUGAGGAAUUGACUGAGCUACUAAAAGUCGGUGUGAAAUGUACAGCGGAUCAUCCUCAAGCAAGACCGAAUAUGAAAGAAGUUUUGGCUAUGUUGGUUAAGAUAUCCGGUAAAGCUGAGCUCUUCAAUGGUUUGCCUUCACCAGGUUACAGUCACAGAGAAAUGUAA